GAGAGAUUAUGGCAUCUGGAGCCCACAAUGAUAGAAAACAGAACGUGUUGCAUAUUGAGGGUCACUCCAUUGAUCUUCCCAGAAACAGAAUUUCUUCUGUCACUAAAAAGAUCAUGAAGGAGGAUAAGAAAUCUCCAAAACAGUUGGCUUUAUAUACAAACAGAAUAACAGUUGGAAAAACGGUGACCAGUACCCCCUCUCUUUUCAAAGUAGUAUAUUGUAAAAGAAAAGUUCACUGUUAUACUCCAAAGCCUUGUUAUAGAAAGAAGCAGUUCCCCAAAUUCAGGGGCUGUGACAUGGCAAAUAAAGAAAAUGAACUGGCUUGUGCAGGGAAUCUGCCAGCAAAGCUACAUAAUGACAGUCGUUCACACCUGCUAAAUUCUAGUGAUUCUGGCUCAUCCCAAACAGAAGGCCCCUCAUCCAAAUAUAGUGGAUUUUUUUCAGAGGUUUCUCAGGACCAUGAAACUAUGGCUCAAGUCCUUUUCAGUAGGAAUCUGAGGCUGAAUGUAGCUUUAACCUUUUGGAGAAGGAGAAGUAUAAGCGAACUGGUAGCCUACCUAGUGAGGAUACAGGAUCUGGGUGUAGUAGUAGACUGCCUUCCUGUGCUUACAAACAGUUUGCAGGAAGAAAAACCAUAUAUAUCAGUUGGCUGCUGUGUAGAUCUUCUGCCUUUAGUGAAGUCACUGCUUAAGAGCAAAUAUGAAGAAUAUGUGAUAGUUGGCUUAAACUGGCUGCAGGCUGUCAUUAAAAGAUGGUGGUCAGAAUUAUCUGCACAUACAGAAAAGACAGAGGAUGGAAAUAUUCCUAUUUUAAAACAUCAAUUAAGUGGAUUAUGGGAACAGGAGAGUCAUCUUACUCUGGUUCCAGGAUAUACUGGUAAUAUAGCUAAGGAUGUAAAUGCUUAUUUAUUACAACUACACUGAUGUGACUGAGAAAUGUGUGCUUAUGUGGUGAACUGAUUCCCUAAAAUAUCUCUGAAAUAUGUACCGUCUCUGAAAGCCUUUUGAGAAAUGUUGGCAGAAGAGAACUGAACUGUCAAGCUGUUUAAUGAAACCACUAACAAAACCCUAACAAUCUACUUCACAUUGAAGUGGAAAAAUGUCUAGUAGGAGCAGCUUUUACUUCAGUGAGGUGAAAGCGCACUAUGGAAACUGUAUGCCUUUGCUGCAUUUGGGAUGUGUUCAGUUACUAGGUAGAGUCAUUGAAAUGCUACUGUGUUUUACUGCAGCGUUGUGUAGAAGAAGAUUAAUUGUGCUGUCCGGAGCACAAGAUGGCAGAAGCAGCUAUAAGGAACCAGCAAGACCAGUCAGCAUUAAAAGCUUUUAAAUGUUUCUUUCACAGGAGAUCUCAAAGAUGCACAACUAUUUUUCAAUUAUGUUUAAAAAUGUUGGAAAUAUUACUAUUGUGUUUUAAUCAAACUAUUAAAGACAAUUUUUGUUUGCACUAUUGAGAAAUGAUACAGCAAAGAUGCCUUAAUUACUAGUGUUUCAAGAAGCCAGUGUAUUGAUAUGCAAGUAGCUAUAUUGCUCACAGAUUAAGACGUGAUGAAAAACUGCUACAAAAUCAGGGUUUCACUUUGUAUAGAGUUGUUUAUGAAACAUUGCACAUUCACAAAAUCAUGUAUGUGAACUAUUACAAAAAUGAAUUCAAGCUUCGAUAAACAGUUAUUGCAAAUGUCAGCAGACUGGUGAAUUUAUGUCUAACAAAUGUUUUUAUAUUGUAUGUGGAUUUCUAACAUAGUAAUCUUCAGUUCUGUAUCAUUUAAACUACAUGCAAAUAAGUAAAUAUAUUAAUUGUAUCUACUGUUGGUUCUUUUUAAGUUCAUAAAAGCAAUUUAUAGAACAAUCCCUUCCAUACUACUUUUAUGAUAGCUAUUUAUAUCUGU